ACAGAGACCCCACUUCAGAAAUUUCCCUCUCCGUAAAUUCUCUCUCUCUCUCUCUCUCUCUCUCUCUCUCUUUCUCUUUCUCUCUCUAAUUUAUUUCCCUCUCUCGUGGUACCUUUUCAAACGCUUCAAAAAGCAGCAAAACACAAAGACCCUUCUGUCUCUCUCUCUCUCUCUUUCACGUUCUUACUACUUUCUCUUUCCUACGCUUAUGGCUCAUUAGCAUAUAUGAUAUAUAUACCCUCUCACAAUUUGCUUCUCUUCGUUCAAUUCUCAAAAACCCACUAUAAAAGUUUUUAUUCCCGCUUCUUGAUUUUCCUUCAUUGCUUUUCCUUUUUAAUUUCAUGGAGGUCGUAAACACUGAUUCUCUUUCUCCAAUGAAGCACCAUCAGACUAAUACGGUUCAGAGGCUUCGUUGUUCAGUACAGAACUAUGAUUGGGGUCGAAAAGGUUGUGAGUCUCAGGUUGCGAAGCUGUUUGCUCUGAAUUCUGACUCGGUGGAAAUCGACCCGGAUAAGCCUUACGCUGAGUUCUGGAUGGGUACCCAUGAGUCGGGACCGUCUUUUUUGGUUCAGAAAUGGGAGGAGAGUAAUGGGAUUUUGCCGGAUGACUCGGAGGCUACUGUUAGCCUCAAGUCCUGGGUUUUGAACAACCCUAAUGUGCUUGGAGAGAAAGUGGUUCAGAGAUGGGGUCAUGACCUUCCUUAUUUGUUUAAGGUGCUUUCAGUGGCUAAGGCAUUAUCAAUACAGGCUCACCCCGAUAAGGAAUUAGCUAAGGCUCUGCAUAAAUUGCAUCCAAAUCUUUAUAAGGAUGAUAAUCACAAACCUGAGAUGGCUCUGGCUAUAACUCACUUUGAGGCUCUUUGUGGGUUUAUCAGUCUCGAGGAACUUAAGAGUGUGCUUCAUAAUGUUCCCGAGAUCGUAAAGCUGGUUGGCAGUGCAGAUGUGAAUCAAGUCUUACAAAUCAGUGGUUUCGAUGAGAAGGAGAACACAAAAUCUGUUCUCCGUUCAGUUUUCUCUAAACUCAUGUCAGCUAGCCAAGAAGAGAUAAUUAAAGCAACAUCUGAAUUAAAAAUUCGUUUACACUUGGAAAGUCAGGUGAGACAGUUGUCAGAUAAGGAAAUGUUGGUGUUGCGGUUGGAAAAGCAAUAUCCAGCCGAUAUUGGUGUAAUUUCAGCUUUCUUUCUUAAUUAUGUGAAGCUUAAUCCUGGAGAAGCAUUGUAUCUCGGCGCGAAUGAGCCUCAUGCAUACAUCUUUGGUGACUGCAUUGAGUGCAUGGCUACUUCAGACAAUGUUGUAAGGGCUGGCCUUACCCCAAAGCAUCGGGAUGUUAAAACUCUUUGUUCCAUGCUCACAUAUAAGCAGGGAUAUCCUGAAAUUCUACAAGGAGUUCCAUUGAGUCCAUAUGUAAUGAGGUACCUCCCUCCUUUCGAUGAAUUUGAGGUUGAUCGCUGUAAUCUUCCACAAGGGGAAUCAGCGGCAUUUCCUGCAGUUCCAGGUCCGUCCAUUUUCUUAGUCAUGCAGGGCGAGGGAACCAUACGAACAAAUUCGGUUAAAGGAGGCUUAAUUAGUGAAGGAAAUAUAAUUGCUGAAGGAGAUGUUCUUUUUGCUCCUGCCAACACUGAGAUUAGCAUAACAAGUGCAUCUGAACUGCAGCUGUAUAGAGCUGGUGUAAACAGCAGGUUCUUCCAAGCCACCUGAACUGCGAUGUAGCAGGCACAUUUUAGCUUUUAGGCAAUUAAAUUAAUAAAUAAUUUAUUUUUGGCAUGUUUUAUUUUGAUUUUUUCCUUCUUUAGAAAUGUGUAAUUAUAUAAUUUAUAUGUAAUAUAAGAACUUUUCUUUUGUAAAUGCAUGAGCAAUGAGAAUAUAUAGUAAACGAUUAUACAUGUA